AUGUGGGAGAUAAAAACUGAGCCGAGUUCGAGCCAAACUUCAAAUUCAAAUAGGAAUAGUAAAGCUUCGAUAUCGGUCUCGGAUGUUAUCUGGGUAUUGAUUGAUGUUCAAAUGUCAUCAUACAUUUUAAGAUUUAAAAAGAGCAAAAUUUGUAAAAAUUGA